AUGUCCACUACACACCGUUGCAAUUGUCUAUGUAAGAGCAGUCCUGAGCCAGAUGAUAGUAUCUGGCAUUAUAUUAGCCCGGUUCAUAUUCAGGGUCAUCGCAUGUAUCAAAUCAUUUCUCUUACAGUUUCUAAUGCUUGCAAAAUACAUGUAAAUUCUGCUGAUCCCACUUCAAAUAGUCAUGGGUCACGGUAUUCAAGAGGCUCACCAUCACUUGAUAAUCCCGUUCCACCUAUACAACGUAUAUUUGACGGGCUUGGAGCAGUUACUUCAACUCCCUCAGCUUGUGGUACUUCCAUGCACAACACUACCAAACCCGUAAAUAACAUCAGUGCUAACGACAAUAUCACUUCAAAACAGGCUUACUCUUCCGGAUGUUUUCUUUCUCUUUAUGGACAUACAGGUAGUCCAGUUGCAGGAUCUACUAUAAGGCACGAGAAGGUUCCAUCCCGAAAAAUUGGAACUACUGCACCAUAUAUAAGCACAAAUGUUAAUUUCAACAUGCCUAAGAAAGGCAGCUAUUCUACUCAAAUAUACAAUUACGGUCAAACUACAGCAAACGAUCACAUGGAACAGAAAUUGAGUAGUUCCGAUGGGUCGGGGAAUUACUUGGUUCGCUACAGGUCGUAUGAUGUUAAAUCACUGCAUGUGGAAAACAACUUAAAACGGUUCCCAAUCAGUGAACAAACAACUUUCGAUAUAACUUCAAACAUACCACAGUCUAGUUUUAUGGAUACAAAGAACCGGGGUUACGCAGCAAAAAGUUUCAUAGCACCGUUUUCAGUGAAGCCUGCCAAUAUGGGACAAAAUAGCUUUACUAGCUUUGUUAACCAUGAAUAUGGUACCAUGAGAGUUCAACCAGGUCAUGUGAAGCAAGCGGACAGUUUUAACUAUGAAUUAUCAGUGGCAGAAAUACCACAUAAAACUUCCAGUGAACAGAGUAGAAGUGGACAUCGGAACUCACAAGAAGGAGCAGUAUCUGGACAAGAGUACAUGAAACGUCUUCUUCAAGCUCAUCAGGUCGUUGAUGAGCUGCUUAAAUCGCGGGGUUUGAUACCCGAUGAUGAAAAUGACUAUUUGCGUAACUGGUACCAGAAAAUGAAUCGAGAACCAAAAACUGAGGAACGAAACACAAUGGUUGUUUCUGAUCCAGUGGUAUCCAAAAACGCUGGAAGCUUGAAUACUUUAGAGGCUUCUCAUCAGCGUUGCACAUCAAACGUGUCUGAUUCUGGGUUGUCAAUGGAUGCCGAUUCAGAAAACGAUCUAAGGAGCAUUCCAAAAUUACGAGAACCAAGUUCCCGAAAUUUCAUGGUUACAGAUUUAUCACCAUCCAUAAAGCAAGAAAGAGCUCCCGUAACAUCGAUAAAAGUUGAUAUCGUAAAGGCAAAGAAGCAUAAGAACGUGUACUUGAAAGUGAUAAUCAGGAGGCCGCAGUACUGCUGGCUAUGUAUGAAUGUGAAGAUAAGGCUUGAAAAAAAAGAGGUAACGAUAAAUUCCGAUGCAACAAGAAAUUCAAAGAAAAGCUGUAAUGAAGGACGACAAAUGGCUGGCGACCGAACGGAAGGAGCCAAAAACAAGAAUCAAGUAAAUAUAUUGGCGAAAUCAAGCGAAAAUUUCCUCACUCAAAAUAAAAGACUAGAUCAAGACCACAAAAUGAAGGCGAAAACAGCACUCGAACAGUUGACAUUAAUGUCAAAUCGAGAAUCGAACACUGCAAAAUUUAUUGAGCGAGAAACAGGCAAGAAGCACAAUGCCUUUUUAUCGAAGCCGAAAUAUGAGACAGUGGAUGUGUGCUGUUGUUUCAUAAAUAAACCUUGCUGCAACGAUAAAACGAAAAUCUCCUUACCAAUAACACGUUGUGCAACUAUUAAACAAAAAAAUAUAACCGUCGGCGGUAAAAAAUUUCCGAACAAGAUAGAAAAGGAACGGAAAUUGAAAUGCAACCAAGGUAAUUCGGAGCAUCCUUACUUGCUUGCGAAGACCAGAAAGCUGCCCUUUGAUCUGUCAGAGUUGCAGAAUAUGGAAAAGACGAACAAAAUUAUAGUAGCCCGAAAGAAAGAUGAAAUAGUCGAGAGCAAGGAUAAUAUGACAGAAAUCAAAAAAGAUGUUGUAGAUCUGAAUAAAACCAAGAAACAUUCCAAAUUUCCGAUUCCGAAAAAGGAAUCUACAAAGGAACUAAAAGCACCACAAGAAAGCGCUAGUUUGUUUUCAGUAUCACAUACGAAUAAAAUAACAUCAAAUCAAGCACGAAAAACUUCUACUAGUGGUAAACAGGUAACUGUUUCGAAAAAUUUCAGUCUACAGUCAAAAUUACCUCAAUUAGAAACGGCAAUGACAGUACCAGUGAGAUUGCACAAAAUAAGGAUCACCAAACUAGUGAUGAUUAAACAGAUGGUAAAUAACAAGAAGUACCAGCAUGAAGGACUGGUGGAAGCGGACGACCCAUCAGUAUUGAGAAAAAAUGAGUGCCUUGAACUGAAGAAAUCUCUAAAAGCGUUACAAAAUUACACCACAGUAACAAGCAAUUACUAUCAGGAAAUACUUCGACCGAUCACUAGAACUGAAAAUAACACGAUAACAGAAUUCGAACACAAUGCUGAUAUCGAUAUAUGCCGAGCACGGGAACAUCUGAGACGUAUCAAUUUUAAUAGAGCCGGUAUAAGACUGGAACCAAGUACUUCCUUCGUUCACAGGAUCAACGAUGACCCAGUGAAGUUAUCCGAUACAAGGACAACAUGCCUAGGAACUUCUUCGGGACAGAGCUCCUCAAUUUCAUCACUGGUAAAGAACAAAGCAAAUAAAAAGGUAUCUGAAAAGAAACUGGACAAGGACUCGAAGGAUCGACCAACAGAGACGCCUCCUACAUCUACAGAAAACGAAAGAUAUCACGGUGGCGGAACAACUGCAGAAUGGAAUGGCGAUAUUUUAGACAGAGAACUAAUUAAUGCAUACAGACGUACUCAACGUAUCCCCAAACCUCAAGCCAAAAUUCCAGUUUGGAAUGUGUAUGACGAACGAAAACAAACAGCAGGUAUCAUACGGAAUCCACCAAAACUGCGCCACGGAACUUUAUCCACUGCAUUACCAAUACCCCACUUCAUUCGUACUCGUACGCCAGCACCCAUCGAUGUUGCUGUCACUUUGUCCACACCCGUCCCUGCUACUGCUGUAUUGCGUCACGUUACCGCAAAUCAUUUGUCAGUUAUGACUCCACGACUUAAAAAUAUUUUGUCAAACGAUAGUGGCACAACCAUCGCGAGCAGUUUGCAGCAGCAUUCACCGAGCAAUCAGUUUGGUGUUACAUUAAAACGUGUCGAUCGCGCCACCAUACAAAAAAGCAAGCCGCGUGGUGCUAUAACACAAUCAGCACCAAAGAAACCUUGGGUACCAAAGUGGCGUCGGAUACAACGUACAGAAGAAGAGGAGGAAGUGGAAACGAUAUCGGUCGUUGAAGUGAAUAAGAAACAUGGAAUUGAUGGUGAUGAGCAGGAAGAGAAGCAAAUGCUCACACGGUUAUCAUCGCAGAUUUGCACUGAGAAGGAUGAAAAGGAUAUGACCGAAGCGGAGAAAGCCAUGAUGGUGGCAAAAAGACGUCAGAUGGAAGAGGAAACUGUAAAGUUACAAAAAUAUGAAGAAAAACGUCGAGUUGAACGUGAACGGGAAGAAGAAGAAUUGAGAAAGUUGAAAGAAAAGAAGGAGCGAAGAAAACUUGAACGAGAAGAGGAAGAGCGACAGUUUCAAGAAAGAUUUGAACAAGAAGAAGAAAGAAGGAAGCAGGAAGAGGAGGAGCGCAAAACUAAGAUUGAAGCAGAGAAACGUAAAAAGGAGGACGAAAAACGAAAACGCCAACGAGUGUUAUUAUCACAAUUUGUGAAUACAGCUGCGGGACAGACGGGACGUAAUUUUGUUAUUCCUCAAAAAUCCGACAAAGCCAAUAAAUUCGGUAACAUCGUUCAGGCCAAACAGGAAAUGAGUAUGACCAAAGUACAACAAGAAGAAGCAAAGCGUAAUUAUUUGCUAUCUGUGAAGCGUAUCAUUGAAUUUGGAAAAGUUGCGCCGACAGAGUUACGUGAAAAAAUACGUCAAUUACACCAACGCAUCUGUAAGCUGGAAGCCGAUAAAUAUGAUUUAGAAAAGCGACAUGAACGACAAGAAUACGACCUACGUGAGCUAAACGAACGUCAACGUCAAGUGGCGCGUAAUAAAGCACUCAAAAAAGGACUUGAUCCAGCUGAUACGAAUUCCAGACAUCCGCCAAAAGUAUCGAUAGUGAGCAAAUACGAUCGACAAAUCGACCGAAGAAAUUUCACAGAACGCAGGGCUAUGUUUGAGAAUAAAACUGCAUAUCCAUGUUUUCCGAAUGUUCCACCACCACCAACUGUUUACGAGAAAAUGAUUCUCUCCGAUGACAAAGCGGAUGAGCCAGAAGAUGGGGACGAUGAAUUUGGCGAACAGGAAGAAGAAGGAGACGAAGAGGAAGAAGAGGGAUAA